AGACCUCUUGCGAAACUCAAUUUCUGAUGGCAAUUUUGUUGUCGAAGCUGAGCUGUGCUCCUCAAAUACAUCCUGCGGUGCACUUCUCCUCUUACCAUAAAUCGAGUUGCGAAAGAGGUCUAUUGCAUUCAGCUAUAGAAUAAGCUAUUAAAUAUAAGUAAAAUAAAUUAUAUGACACUUAGACUUAUUCCAGACAAUCUCAAUAUAGAGUUUAGUAGAUACAAGAAAUUCACUACAUUAACGAGUAUUAUUCUUGUUGUUCUUUCAAUGUUCAUUGUUGCAUUACGUGGAAUAAAUCUAGGAAUAGACUUUACAGGUGGAAUUUUAAUAGAAAUUCCAUCACCUGAUAAAACUAGCUCACUUCUUGAUGCGCUAAAAGAAAACGGAUUUACAGUACAGAGUUCACAAUCAGGUGAUAAUUUAGUCAUGUAUUUUCAGGACAUAGGAGAUGAAGGCACGAUCAAAAAAAUAAAAAAUGUCUUAGAGGAAAAAUCAGGUAGCUCUAUUGUCUAUCGUAAAAUAGACUAUGUGGGUCCACAGAUAAGCUCAACACAAAUCUUUGAAGGAGUGUUGGCUAUAUUUUCUGCAAUUGUCGGGAUAUUUUGUUACAUUUGGGUGAGAUUUAAUUGGCGGUACGGUUUAGGUGGAACAGCAGCACUAGUCCAUGACGUCAUUUUAACCAUGGGUUUUAUUAGUCUCAUUGGUAUUGAAUUUAAUAUUUCAUCUACCGCUGCUCUACUAACUGUUAUUGGUUAUUCAAUUAAUGAUUCAGUUGUUAUAUAUGAUCGAAUCAGGGAAUAUGGCAAACAAAUAACAAGUAAAAUAGUAGAUAAGAGCAUUAAUGCCACGCUAUCUCGUACGAUAUUUACUUCUGGUUCAACUCUUCUUGCAACCAUUCCCCUAAUAUUAAUUUGUAAGGAUACAGUAAGAGAUUUUAGCUUGAUCAUCUUUUUUGGUAUUGUAAUUGGUACUUAUUCUUCAAUAUUUAUAUCUGUUCCUAUACUGACUGUAAAAAAUCAGGUAUAA